UCCAAGUUCUAGGAAUCUUCUCAUCAGCCUACAUUACAACUUCCCUUCUUUGACCAAGCCACCUAUCUCUCCCCACUCUUGCACAACUCACACACUUCACAAGUCUUCACCCCUCCCUCUCUCCUCAAUCUCUCCCUCCCGCAAAUCUCUCUCUCUAAUCUCUCCCUCCCGCAAAUCUCUCUUUCUCCCUCUCCUCCAUCUCUCUCAUAUCUCUCUCUCUUCCAUCUCUCUCCCAUAUCUCUCUGACACACCCAUAAACUUUGGGUUCUUUUGUUGUGUUUGAGUGAUCAUGGGUGUUGUAAAAUCAUCCAGAUCAUCAUCUGGUUCUAGUUCCAAGUUGUUUCCACCAGGGUUUAGAUUCCACCCCACGGAUGAAGAGCUUGUUUUGUAUUAUCUUAAGCGUAAGAUCUGUCGGAGACGAUUGAAGCCUGAUAUUAUUGCCGAGACUGAUGUUUACAAGUGGGAUCCUGAUGAUUUGCCUGAGCUGUCAAAAUUGAAGACGGGAGAUCGCCAAUGGUUCUUUUUGAGCCCUAGAGAUAGGAAAUAUCCUAAUGGAGGGAGAUCAAACCGGGCUACCAUGCAUGGCUACUGGAAAGCAACUGGUAAAGAUCGGACUAUAUCUAGCAACUCAAGAUCAGUUGGUCUGAAGAAGACCCUGGUUUACUACAAAGGGCGUGCUCCUUCUGGUGAGCGCACAGACUGGGUGAUGCACGAGUAUACAUUGGAUGAAGAGGAGCUAAGAAGGUGUCCCUCUGCUCAGGAUUACUAUGUAUUAUACAAGGUUUAUAAAAAGAGUGGUCCCGGUCCUAAGAAUGGUGAGGAAUAUGGUGCACCGUUUAAAGAAGAGGAAUGGGCUGAUGUCGAGUGUGUGAGUUUUAGUGGUUUAAUAGACCAGCAAAAUAUUGCAAAGGAGGCUGAUGCGUCUUGUAUUGACAGUACCAGAAGUAUUAUAUUGCCACAGGAUCAAGGAGACGAUAUUGGUGAGUUCUUAAACAAGAUUGUAGAUGAAACUGUGUUUGAUCAACCCCCUCUCAAUGUUUGCUCGUACACAUUUGAUCAAUUAUUUGCUGAUAAAGAAAAUGGAAGUACAUUGUUAAACCAUUGCUCUGGGGAUGUAAGUUUACCUGAUCAAAGCAUGGUUCCCCACCACUACCCGAAUUCAGAUAUGCAGGCUGGCUUUGACCACACACUCUCUCUUGCAUCUCAAUUACCAAUUCAAGCAUCUGAGGUCGUCACAUGUAUGAAAAAUGGUGAAGACGGGUCGGGUGAAAUUUCCAUUGAAGAUUUUCUUGAAAUGGAUGAUCUUCUUGGUCCUGAACCUGUUCAAAACUCUGAAAAACCACUAGAUACCCCAUCAUCCAAUGAAAUGGAUGGAUUUUCAGCAGCAGAUAUUUACAAUGACUUAAAUAUGAUCCUUCAAGAUAUGGGGCAAGGUGGGCCAGAACAAAUUUCACAGCUGCAUUUUUCUGAUGGGGGAAUGUCCAAUGUUGUGUCACAUUCUUAUGUAAAUGCUGUCGAGAAUGGGACUGCUUUCUAUGACGAGUUCACCUUCCAUGAUGAAGCGAAUAUGAUGAGUUCUCAAGUAUGGGCAACUGAACAAAGAAACGACCUUUUCGCUCCGGAAACAAAUCAUGCACCUGCUUCUCAACCAAAUUAUGGUGUAUGUAAUGAGGAUACCGGAGCUAUUCAAAAUCAAAGCUGCACAGAGGAUGGCGGUACAGACUCAUGGUUUACUACUGCUCUGUGGUCCUUUGUGGAGUCUAUACCUACAACCCCUGCUUCAGCUUCAGAAAACGCUCUCGUAAAUAAGGCUUUUGAGCGCAUGUCUAGCUUUGGUAGGUUGAAAACUAUAUGUCCCGCAGGUAACCCCACUUCAACCUCCCGGAGGCGUGUGCAAAAGUUUGUUGGAGGAAUGUUUAGUUUCUCCGUUAUUGGUAUAGUUUUCGCUAUAUUGUGGCUUUUACUAGCCGCGUCUGUCAAGUUAUUGGGAAGAUACAUUACUUCAUGAUAUUAGUAUAUUCUGCUCCUUGUUCAGACUAUAUGCAACAAGGAUGCGUUUUGCAAAUAACUAGCUUUUCAUCGUCUAGAUAAGCUGAUUUGCAGAUAGAAAUUGAGAAGUAUAUCUCUAGUCUAGUUUCUGAUGGAGAUCGGUAAUCCUGGUUCUGUACUAUGUUGCAGUCUAUAUUUAUCACCAGGCUCCAUGGUCUCGGCACAUUUGUAAUGAUAAUUUUGUUUCGUAUUCCAUUACGUAAAUUCUAUGUCAACGCGGAAAUAAUGUUAUCUAUUAUGAAGAUUUAUUUAAAUACAUUUUCUUGUUA